AUGGGACGUGAGGAGCAUGGAAGGACUUGGUGCAUGGACGCAGCUCAACUGGAUACGCAAAGGAAGAAGGAGGAAGCCAUCUUGAAGACCAGCUCGACCAUCUACUCGACCAACCGGUCGAGUUCCUCAACUCGACCGGCCAAGCUUCAACUCGAUCGAGCUGAGAAGUCAAAGUCAAACCCGAAAAAUGUUGCUUCCCCCUUGACUUCCUUUGACCCUAAACCUAAUCCUCUUGCGAUUCUCCACAUGGAAGUGAUGGAAAUCGCUUGGAAAAGGUCCACUAAGAGCUCCAAUAACUCUUGCUCUAGAAAUGGAGUUCUAGGGGUUGGAUGGAUUAGUUUGAGCAAUGAUCCUAUGGCCUCCAAGGCUUGA